CAUCGGUUCCAGAACUUCGGACACUUCUCGCGAUUGCCUAGUCGAACAAGGUCAGAACUUGGUCCGUCAAAUUCGAGCAAGUCACCUAGAGAAUCAACGGUCGUGGAAUCAAACGAAACUCCAAUUUCAGGGCCUGAAUCUAGGGUUUCAUACGUAGCGGAUAAUGUAGUACCGGUUCCCGGCGGAAAUGUAGGAUGUGGAGCUGUAAAUGUCAACGGAACUGCGACUGCGUCAGCGGCAAUUAGGGAACCGGCGGCGACAUGUGAGCUUUCGGUGACGUCAUCUCCCGGCUCAGGAAACAGUAUAAACACCAGCGCUGAACCACCGCCACCGCCGUCGCAAACGGCGGCGUUGGCGACACCGACUGCUGCGGCAUCGAAUGAUCGGAAACGUAAAGGAAGAGAAACGAACGAUGGGGAUGGUCAGAAUGAGGAGGCUGAAUUUGAGUCUGGUGAUACAAAGAAGCAUGCUCGUGGUUCAACAUCUACAAAGCGAUCUCGUGCUGCAGAGGUCCAUAAUCUUUCGGAAAGGAGACGUCGAGACAGAAUAAAUGAGAAGAUGAGGGCUCUGCAGGAACUGAUACCACGCUGUAACAAGACAGACAAAGCUUCAAUGCUGGAUGAGGCAAUUGAGUAUUUGAAAUCACUGCAAUUGCAAGUGCAGAUGAUGUCCAUGGGAUGCGGCAUGGUCCCGAUGAUGUAUCCUGGAAUGCAGCAGUACAUGCCAGCUAUGGGAAUGGGCAUGGGUAUGGGAAUGGGUAUGGAGAUUGGCAUGAACAGGCCAAUGGUGCCGUAUCCACCUCUAUUGCCGGGUGCAGCGAUGCAGAAUGCAGCUGCAGCAGCACGAAUGGGUCCUAGAUUUCCUAUGCCGCCGUUUCAUUUGCCACCAGUUCCAGUACCAGAUCCUUCCAGGAUGCAAGCCUCAAGUCAGCAAGAUCCAAUGCUACAUCCACUUGUAGCACAUAAUCCCAACCAGCCAAGACUUCCGAAUUUUAAUGAUCCAUAUCAACAGUUUUUUGGUCUCCACCAGGCACAAGUGCAAUUACCACAGAAUCAGGCAGUAGAACAGCAGGGUAACAAUAAACCCGGCAGCAGGAAAGAAGUUGGAAAUCCAGGGAGUCCUCAAUCUGGUUGAUUACCUUGGGGCCAGAACGUAAGAGCUUCUCACAAACUAAAUUUUGUAGUGUAAGAGGAACAUCCACUGCAGUCUGCACCGGCUGGCUGAUACAAAAUAUAGCACCACUAACUUGUAAUUAUUACUACAGAACUCAUUUUGCUUUAUAUAUUGUGGCCCAUGAAAUCUCAUUCCCAUUUUAGCAUUUGGAUAUAAUUUGUGGCCAGCGUUUAACAUCACAAGUGAUCCGGCAUAAGGAAGAUGUUCAGCCGGUGAAGGGGCUUUAAGCAUUUCCAGGCUUCACCCCAAAUUUUAUGUGCGUGCUGCCCCUUUUAACUGCUGCAGACAUUGAUAAAGAUAAACAUAUUUAUGAUAA